CAGGUUUAAUAUGCCCUAUGAUUUUUGUAAGCUUAUUGCCUGCCUACUAGCUAUGAUUCAUGGCAUCGACUUCGUACAUCUAACAUUCUUCCACAAUACCGUGACCCAGUGAAUCAAACAAUUGUGUUACUGUCCACAACACGUGGGUAUAGCUGUGUUUGUUUGCAACUCAGAAACAGGAAUCAAAAUGUCAUAAAAGCCAAAGGUCUCGAAUUGAUUUCCACGAAGACUUCAUAAACUUCCAGUUAUUACCUAGCAUCAUUGACAUUUAGUAUGCGCCUCCAUACCAACUAGCAAUAAUUGAUCGUUACUGCUCGCCAUUUACGAUGGAUCCUCUUCACCACCGAACACCGAAAACGAACCGGCGGAGUUGUUGUUAUGACCUGAAAUCCAAGGACGGUUGGUUCAAAGGGCCGAGAGACACGGCAUGGACCAUCGACUCGACCGUUAAUGGCAAAAGCAACCCAUCAGGUUACGACAGCAAUACUCUCAUUACGAUUCUCCGCUGGUCCCAAUUUUUCACCAGUGCCAUGACAUUGAUACUUUACGUAUUCACAUUGUCAGCCCCUGUAUUAUGGCUCCUUCUCCUAGCAGGUAUCGCGGGCUUUCUCUCCUGUCUUUUUAGCAUACUCGCACUCUAUCUCAGACACCGCUGGACGAUAUGGCUAGUUAUCCCCGAGAUCCUGCUCACUAUAGCUUGGAUCGUCUUAUUCGCCACAAGCUCUCUCUCCUCGCCGCCGGAUUCCAAAGGGGAAACAUUCCAGUUGGGAUUGAUAGCUAUUGAAGCCUCGAUGGUCCUUUGGAUCCAGACAUUCUUGUUGGCCAUAACGCCUGCCUUCCACAAGAUGCUACCCCGACUGUUCGGAGUAAAGAACAGCGGUGUUAUCGAACCGCACGGAUCUAUGGAUAGAUCUGAGGAGAGGGUAAGAUGGUCCCUGACGCUAGGCGACGAGAAGCUAACCGGCAGCAAGCAGCCAAGUUGGGCCGCAAACGCGGCCCCAAUUCCCGCGAAUACUAAUAUAUAUUCUUCUUCUGCAACUCCAUCUAUCGCAUGUCCGCAACCGACUCGUAGAGGACCUGCAUUAUCCGACAUUGAAUUGCAGGACUACCUCGCAGCUCAGGGGGCGGGAAAUUCAACAUCCGCACCCCGAACACUUACGACUCCGCAUAGGUCGGCUACGCAUUCGACGCCGUACGCUGGGUCAAUCGAGAGGACGGACAGUCACCUCAGAAGAAAGCCGAUAGCCUCCGGUGGACUUCCACCACUAGAAACUUCGAGAGGGGUCAGCCCUGUUUCCAUGGACUAUAUUGGCCCGUUAGAGCCUGUCAGUCCUUUGUCGAAUAUUGACCCAUGGUCGACGUCGACUGUCAGGGGAGGAGACGCCCGAAGUGGCUUCUAGAGGAAAUUAUGAAAAGCGAUGCAAUGUAGGCAUGCGCAUGAACAUUGUGCCUGUCCUUGGCCAUUGAGUCGGCCUAUUAGGUAACUCGAAGGAUUCAUCGUCAGUUUUCAUUUACCCACUCCGACGCGGAGUCAUAUCGAUUGUUCCGAUGUCGCCAGUAAGAGCAGGAACUCGAUUAAUGUUUUGGGGGUUCUCCUAUGCCAGGCAAUAGUUAUUUUGGGUCUCGAGGAGUUGCGUCGCUGCAAGGCUCUGUCGAUUUCGUUUCGUUCUGGUACUAGGAAUGUUGAUGAGAGUAAAAGCAUUACACCAUGUACAUCUCAUGCAGCCUCAACUUACCUAGGUGGGCAUAGGUGGGAAGCAUGGUGAAAGGUCACUAUAUUGUUUCAGCGUUUCAUUAUAUCCAAUAGACAGACGAAUGAAUAGGAGUUGAGACGAGGCUCCUAACGAUCAGGGCGCAAUUAAUAGAUUCUUCAAUCACAAUAUUCUCCAAAUAUUUAUCGAUUCUUCUAACUGGCUCUGCCAUUGUCCCCUUUGGGCUACCUAGUAGGCAGGCUAUCAUUGAGCAUUGAGAUAACAGACAAUGACUAGGUAGGUAGGUAUGUAUGAAGGGUAUGAACGCCACAGCGGAAAUCGUCGACUCCCAUGUCGCCGCGCUUACAUUGAAUUUUCGAAUGGAUUCUUUAUAUCC